GAAAGGAGGGGAGAAGGGAGGGAGCAAAGACACCGCACUGCCCCAACCAAGAACAAUUUGAAAACCCACCCCAUCAUACUUAAAAUCUAGGACAAAGAGCCGCCGGGACGGAACUGCUUCGACUGCAAAGCUUCAAGCUUAGCAACUCCACGGAGCAGAGCGCCCUGGGGUCCCUGAAAUCCGAAACCCAGCUCAGAACCGGCGGAAACCAGAACGAAACCCUUGAACUUUUCUGGACAAUUGCUUCCGGGCGUUUCCAGGCAGCCAGGGGACCCCUCGGGAGCCGGGGCUGCGUAUGGCGAGCCCCUGAGGUCCUGCGGAGGCAAGAGAAACCAGUUCUCCGGCUGCAGUAUGGACCGCGCGGGGUGCCUGGGCGCGGGCCUGCGGGGACUCUUCGUGGCUGCGCUUGUGCUCGUGUGCGCUGGACAAGGGGGACGCCGCGAAGACGGGGGACCAGCUUGCUAUGGGGGAUUCGAUCUCUACUUCAUCCUGGACAAAUCAGGAAGUGUGCUCCACCACUGGAAUGAAAUCUACUACUUUGUGGAGCAGCUGGCUCAUAGAUUCAUCAGCCCACAGCUAAGGAUGUCCUUCAUUGUCUUCUCUACUCGAGGGACAACCUUAAUGAAACUAACUGAGGACAGGGAACAGAUCCGACAAGGCCUAGAAGAACUCCAGAAAGUUCUGCCAGGAGGAGACACUUACAUGCACGAAGGAUUUGAAAGGGCCAGUGAGCAGAUUUACUAUGAAAACAGUCAAGGGUACAGGACAGCGAGUGUCAUCAUCGCACUGACGGAUGGGGAACUGCAUGAAGACCUCUUCUUCUACUCAGAGAGAGAGGCUAACAGAUCCCGAGACCUUGGUGCAAUUGUUUACUGUGUUGGUGUGAAGGAUUUCAAUGAAACUCAGUUGGCUCGGAUUGCAGACAGUAAGGACCAUGUGUUUCCUGUGAAUGAUGGCUUCCAGGCUCUUCAAGGCAUCAUCCACUCAAUUCUAAAGAAAUCCUGCAUCGAAAUUCUAGCAGCUGAACCAUCUACCAUAUGCGCAGGAGAGUCUUUUCAAGUGGUUGUAAGAGGAAAUGGCUUCCGACACGCCCGCAACGUGGACAGGGUUCUCUGCAGCUUCAAGAUCAAUGACUCGGUUACACUCAAUGAGAAGCCCUUUGCUGUGGAAGACACUUACUUGCUGUGCCCAGCACCCAUCUUAAAAGAAGUUGGCAUGAAAGCUGCACUGCAGGUCAGCAUGAAUGAUGGCCUGUCCUUCAUCUCCAGUUCUGUGAUCAUCACCACCACACACUGUUCAGAUGGCUCCAUCCUGGCAAUUGCCCUGCUGAUCCUCUUCCUGCUGCUGGCUCUGGCACUGCUCUGGUGGUUCUGGCCCCUCUGCUGCACAGUGAUUAUCAAGGAGAUCCCUCCACCCCCUGUUGAGGAGAGUGAGGAAGAAGACGAUGAUGGUCUGCCAAAGAAGAAAUGGCCGACAGUAGAUGCCUCUUACUAUGGAGGACGAGGUGUCGGAGGCAUUAAAAGGAUGGAGGUUCGAUGGGGAGAAAAGGGCUCCACAGAAGAAGGUGCUAAAUUGGAAAAGGCAAAGAAUGCAAGAGUCAAGAUGCCAGAGCAAGAAUAUGAGUUCCCGGAGCCCCGCAAUCUCAACAACAACAUGCGCCGGCCAUCUUCCCCCCGGAAGUGGUACUCGCCCAUCAAGGGAAAACUCGAUGCCUUGUGGGUUCUGCUAAGGAAGGGCUAUGACCGAGUGUCCGUAAUGAGGCCACAGCCAGGAGACACGGGGCGCUGCAUCAACUUCACCAGAGUGAAGAACACUCAGGCAGCCAAGUACCCACUUAACAACGCCUACCACCCCAGCUCCCCACCUCCUGCUCCUAUCUACACACCCCCACCCCCUGCUCCCCACUGUCCUCCCCCAGCCCCCAGUGCCCCCACUCCUCCCAUCCCCUCUCCACCAUCCACUCUCCCCCCUCCUCCUCAGGCCCCACCCCCCAACAGGGCACCACCUCCCUCCCGACCUCCUCCAAGGCCUUCUGUCUAGAACCCAAAGUCUGUGCUCUGGGCUGCCUGAGAAACUCCAGGAGGAGGUUCCUCUACUGUCAGAAAGAUCUUCCCAGCCCAAGGUGGUGAGUGGUGACUGACUCACAGGAUUUAAAAGUCGUGAUGGGCAGAACAAAAUGAAAAAUUUGGACUGCCUAAAGACAAACAAUGAGACAAUUGCAAUCAUAUUUCUAGCCUGUGACCCCUCACCUCUAGAAGAAGGUUCCAGAGAUGGCUAUACUGCCAAGAUGCUCUCAACUAGAUCAUGUCCCAUGGAGACAAGGAAGAAAGUAAUUUCCGAGAAUGGAAUGCAGCAUUGGAUAAGAAAUAACCUGGCUGAGUUCGGAAUGCCGCCUUCUCCAUGACUUGACUCUCAACAAGGCCAUCCUUACCCCUGAGCACCACCCUGCAACAAUGAAAAGGUGUGGUGUCCCUAGGAUGCAUCAAGCAGAUAUCCAAUGGGGAUCUGCAGGUUGUCUUACAUAAGAACACAUGCUUUAUUCUCCUUCCCAAACCUCCCAGUUUCCCAGUGAGGAGGGAAGCAUCAUUUGUGAUGGGAAAGGUUGCCAUGCUAAGACAUUAGUGGAGUUGGUCCUUAGCACUGAUGAAAAACACUGAUGGGAGCAUUCAGCUAUUACAUCUAGAGCUGGUUGGCUUCAGCCCCUAAACCACCAAGUCAUUAUCAAAGGCAACCUGCUAUUGAUUCAUCUUAAACAUCGAGGUUUGGCUUUGGCAUGGAUCAGAGCUGAUCACAUGGCACCUUCCACAUAAGAUCACAAGGUGCUUUAUCAGCGAAGGACCAGAGAUUUUGUUUCAGAGUCAGUAGUCCUGCCUUGAUAAGAAAACUACUCCCAGUUGAUUCACUCUGGAACAGGCUACCAUGUGUAGAGACUGGUGUAAUUCUCCUUAACCUUCAAUCUACUCAAAUAUCACCAGUUAUUUAAAAAGGGAAAAUACACCAUGUGUGUAACACAGAAGAGCUCUGCCUGAAACUGCCACCCUAUCCCUCCACGUCAUUCUGAAGGUGCCUGUCAGUGAGCCCUUUAACCUCAUAUAAAACCUGGAUAUUGUCACCCAUGAAAACAGAGGUCAUUGUCAAAGGCAGCACAUCCAAAAUCAUGCUUCCACCCUUAAUUUUCCACGGGCUCUGAAAUUUCUGUCUCAGGCUCCUAAAACUCUAAACUCUUCCCUGGAUCAAAAGAUAAAAUCAAUACAAGUUUUUGUGCUUUGGGCUGCAGUCUACAAAGAUCCCUUAAGAACUCAAGUUAGCCUCCUUCUUUCAGCUGGUUUAGAACAGAGGAUCAGGUGUGGCACAUUCCAUACAGACCAAUUCUUGUUCCCAAGGCAGACAUUAUUAAUCAGUCUCAGAACUACAUAUUUUUCCACAGUACUUCAAACCACAGCUCUAAUGGCCUAUCAGUCAUCAGUUAGAACUGACAGAGAUAAACACUAUUUGCAAUCCCUACCUUAGAGAAGCAGAGGAGAAUGGGGGAGUCACCAGCAUAAAAGGUAUUGUCUGGGGGAAAUUGACCUGGGAGUGCCUAAGUCCAUGACCAUGAUGUCCCAUCUAUGGUGUCAACACCAAAGUAACACUUCCAAGUGUACUUCAAACCUCGCCCUUCUCCCUGUUAGUUGCCAUUCCCCAGUUUUCAGGAUUUAUGACAAGUGACCUCCCUCACUCUUACUGUACCCUGUACUGUCUACUUGUAGAACAAAGCUUCUUUACUGUAGUCCCUCAUUAAGCAAGGGCCUAAAUGUCUCAGCCAUUUGUGGUGACAUUGCUAGGCCCUAGAAAACCAUUCCUAGGAGAAUGGGCUCCCCAGGCUCACAGCAUGCAGACAUUAAGUCCUCCUGGCAACUGUUUUGACUGCUGGCAGUACAAAGCAGGCCACCCCACCUCACUGCUACACAAUUGUGCAGCAUUAGAAAGUCCAAACUAAGAUGCUGGCAUUGCUGCUCAACAAAAGUGGGCUCCAGGGAAGGCAGCAGGCUCCCAAGAGGAGGCCACCCUGUGCCCUGUGCAGUUUCCCAAGAGGCCGUGUGAAGUGUCCGAAGAAUAAGGAAUGUUGACACAUGGUUAUUCUGAGAAGAAUUGCAAGGUUUGACCUUAGAAUUGACCCAAUAUGUCUUCCCUGGUCAUUCAGAAUUAUGGUUAGAAGUUUCUAGAAAUUGAACAAGGUUACUACCUUUCAUAGGAGGCUACUCUGGGCAGGAAAAGUCUACCUGGCUUAAAGUCCAUCAGUUAAGUGUCAUUCCCUGUAAGCAGCAGGAGAUAGUGGUUGUAAUUAGGAAAAUGUAUGUGUCAUUUGUUUGACCCCUUGUUAUUGUCUUUAUAAAGUUUUUUAUAUAAAAGCCAAAUUUUGUUGUAUAUAUUCAUAUUCCAUAUGACAGAUGGAAGCACGUCCUAUAGGUGUGAAUAAAAAGAACAGUUGUAGUAAAUUAUUAAAGCCAGUGAUAUUUCAUGGCAGGUUACUCUACCAAGCUGUGCUUGUUGAUACCCCAUGACCAACUGCUUUAAUGUACAAAUAGUUAUUGAACUGACGACGCCCUUGUUUACACAACAUCAAUAACACCUUGCUGAGAACUACAGUCAGUUCCUGUGCUGACAGCUUGCUCACAAAUAGGGUCCCGCCUGGAGCUUGGCACACGCUUCUGUGAGACAGAUAAGAGAGGUCUUUCCCCAGCACAGGGGACAAAGCUACCCAUAAACUAAUGGAAUGCUAGCUCUCCAACUAGGGGUGGGGUCUCCCUAGAAUCCUUAGGAGGAGCAGAAAUGGUCCUCACUUGCCACCUGCACACAAUGUGAUGGUGGAAAACCCAUCAAACAAUAAUUCAGCAACAGUUCAAGAACAGAAGGAGUUAAUGCUGUGUAAAAUGGGUGGAAUUUGUUUGUAAGCUAUAUAAAGCCUGUCUGUACUCACCAGGAGGAAGGGAAGGGAACAUUCUGGUCAGUUGUCUUAGUUAUCUGAGUCUGGCUACAUUAUCAUGCUUGGAGAACCAAUUUAAAAGAAUUAGAAUAUGAUUUCUGAAUGUACGUAACCUUAAACUCUUCUCUUUUUCUAUGGUAAUUUAGUUAUGGAUGUUCAGCGUCUCUGGGCUGUUGUAUGAAAGCUCUGUCAUCGCCAUACUGUGCUGUAGGAGACUGGGCUGAACCUGUACAAUGGUAUACCCUGGAAGUUGCUUUUUUAAAAUAAUAAUAAAUACCUAAAAC